AUGGGUUACAUAGGAACUCAUGGUGUAGCAGCACUACAUAGGUACAAAUACAGUGGGGUGGAUCACUCUUAUCUUGCCAAAUACGUGCUUCAACCUUUUUGGACUCGUUUUGUCAAAGUCUUCCCUCUAUGGAUGCCUCACAUCUUCUCUGCUUGGAUACACUCUUUUCUUUACCUGUCUCAGAUAUACUCUCCUCAGUUGGAUUCUCCUCCUCCACGAUGGGUUCACUUCGCACAUGGUUUACUUCUAUUUUUGUAUCAGACAUUCGAUGCGGUUGAUGGGAAGCAAGCAAGAAGGACAAAUUCCUCUAGUCCCCUAGGAGAGCUUUUCGAUCAUGGUUGUGACGCACUUGCUUGUGCGUUUGAAGCCAUGGCAUUUGGAAGCACCGCAAUGUGUGGAAGAGAUACUUUCUGGUUCUGGGUUAUUUCAGCUAUUCCAUUCUAUGGAGCUACAUGGGAACACUAUUUCACCAACACACUUAUUCUUCCGGUCAUUAAUGGACCUACAGAGGGUCUUGCACUUAUAUAUGUCAGCCACUUCUUCACAUCCAUUGUCGGUGCUGAAUGGUGGGCUCAGCAGUUGGGAGAGUCCAUACCAUUGUUUAGUUGGGUGCCAUUUGUGAAUGCGAUCAUAACUUCCAGAGCAGUACUAUACAUGAUGAUUGCUUUUGCUGUUAUACCAACUGUCGCAUUCAAUGUGUCAAAUGUCUACAAAGUCGUUCAAUCAAGAAAAGGGAGCAUGGUGUUAGCAUUAGCUAUGCUGUAUCCCUUUGUUGUCCUACUUGGAGGAGUUUUGAUAUGGGAUUUCUUGUCUCCAAUCAAUCUUAUAGCAACAUACCCUCACUUAGUUGUACUCGGAACUGGACUUGCAUUUGGAUUCCUUGUGGGAAGAAUGAUUCUUGCUCACUUGUGUGAUGAGCCAAAAGGACUGAAAACAAACAUGUGCAUGUCUCUACUCUAUCUACCCUUUGCACUUGCAAAUGCUCUAACCGCAAGAUUGAAUGAUGGGGUCCCUCUAGUCGACGAGUUAUGGGUUCUUCUUGGUUACUGUAUAUUCACAGUGUCACUAUACUUGCACUUUGCGACAUCGGUCAUCCAUGAAAUUACGGCUGCUCUUGGAAUCUACUGCUUCAGGAUCACGCGUAAAGAAGCUUGA